AUGCUGACACGUUCUUCAGCACCAAAGAAACCCGACAGUGAUACCGAAAGUAAGACUUCUACCACAAGUUGUCCGGAUCUUGAGCUCGAAACACCUGCUAGAAAGCGUUUGCGACACAAGAACGACUUUACAACUUAUGAAAGCACGUUAUCAGUACCUGAGACAUCUACAUCGAAGAUGGCUUCGGGCACGGAUGCAACUCCAAAAAUUCCAAAAUUGAAAAUAGUGAAAACAGCCAGUCCUGCCGAUACUAGUUUUCGUAACUUUCGCCUCCGUCGCAUUGUCAAAGAGAAUCACGGCCACGACAUCAAUCAUUUGGCCUUCUUUUUCAAUCUGAGUAAUUAUGAAGCUCCUGUGGGAACUCUGUACAAAAAAAACUUUAAUAAACUCGGACACGUCGAAAGAAGUGUUCGGGACACAAGUAAUAUUUUAGCAAGUGUUGGCGACAUUCAGGCAAAUAUUUACGAUAACGAACAUUGUGGUGAUCAUUUGGAUAUUAUGUCCAAUUUCGCAGUGGACGAAAAAUCAGAUUUGGCUUCAAGCGAAUUAUUAACUUGUUGUUGGCUACAUCGCGAUGAUGAUGCAUUAUUGGCAAUAGCUGGAAAUUCUCGAGUAAUUUACAUCAUCAGCCUUACUCUCUCCAUUACUCUGCAAAAAAUGCAAGGACACAAUGGCAAGUGGAAACAUCCAAAAGAUGAUAUUCACUUAUUAUCUGCAUCUCAAGAUGUUAGUGUAAGAUUAUGGAAUACCAUUAGUGGCACGUGUUUAUACGCAUUUGAAAUAAAAGCUUCAGUAGUGUGUUGGAACCCGUCCGGUCAAACAUUCUUGACAGGAGGUUAUAAUGGAGAAGUACGCAUUUGGAAAACUCCAGAUUUAAUGUUUCCUCCCACACAACCUCCUUUACGCUUUUCACAAAAGGACUUUGAAACGCGUCAUAAAAAAUUCCACACAGGUCAAAUAGAUAGCAUUCGAUUUGCAAACAAACACGUACUUUCGAAAUCGAUUAAUGGUAAGAUUGAAUAUUGGAAUUAUGAGACUUUUGAAGUAUUAAGAUCUUUUGCUAUUAAGAAUGGAUCUAAUAAUCGAUCAAGGUUUGAUGUAAGGUAUAGGAAAGAAUUU